AUGGACACCAUGAGCACGGCCAGGAUUGUCCUUGGUCUGAAAAUCAACCUGAUUCUAUUUCAUGUCGGUGUCGCUGGCCAAUGCACUGUCUCCAUCUCUCAGCCUCCGUACCUCGAGGUGGACUACACGCAGGAGGCCGUGACAAUGCAGUGCUCCUUUGACACCUCGGGCUGCCCCCCGGAGCCCCCAACCAGCCUGUGGUUUCGCUAUGGGGCGCACCAGCCCGAGAAUCUGUGUGAAAAAGGAUGCAAGAGUGAGAAAUUCACCGAGAGGAAGAACAUGGCCGAGAAGCAAGUUUUCCUCACUGUGAACCAAGUGGCCCCCAAUGAUAGCGCCAUCUACAUCUGUGGCAUUGCCUUUGCAGCAUCGGGGGACCCGGGGGCUAAGCGGACAGGCAACGGGACCCUGCUGGCGGUAAGAGACACCAAGAUUCUCAGCAAGACGGUGCAGAGUCUCCUGACAGCUGUCUUAGCACUGCUCUCCAUUUACAUUGUUGGUGUGGCUCUGGUCUUCAUCAUCCUGUCCAAAACAAAAUCUAAGUGUCAAAGAAACAAAGUAACAGAAGACUCACAAAAGAAAAUGAGUGCUCGGCGCAUUUUUCAGGAAAUCGCUCAAGAACUAUAUAAUAAAAGACACGUGGAAACAAGCCAUCCACCUGACAGAAACGACACCUACGAAAACAGAAGUGCGCUUUCCAAGUAUGAAAGACCGUAGGAAGGUUUUAAUUUUCAACUAAGUCAUCAGAAAUCCAACUGCAAACGUCAUGGCAGUAUUAAUGGACAUAUGCCCAUGAGGACUUUAAAUGAACAACUCACUGGAAAUGGAAAAAGCACCUGGCUGUAAGCAGAAUGAAUAUAAGGCAUCUCUAGCAGUAAUUACCGAAACCCAACAAAACACAACCGAAAAAAGUACUUGAUUUUGCCGUAAAACUUCUAAGGAGCCUUUUUAUAAUCUUUAAGGACUCUUCAAAGACUUCCAAAUUUGCUCCAUUCCAUCCACAUGGGGUGCAUGGUAACAUCCCCAACAAGGGAAAGAAUGAAGUCACAUCACAUGGUUCAGUCUCUAGGAGAAUCAUCUUUAUGGGCUGUGGAACUGGUGCACAAUUAGACUACCCGGGAGGGAAGGCGGGGAGGAAAGAGCAAGAGUCAAACCUGAGUUAAAAUCAUCUUGGAAAGCACCCAGGGGACCGGAGUGAUAGUACAAUGGGUAGGGUGCUUGCCUUGCACGCGCCCGACCCCAGGCUCAACCCCCGGCACCCCUAUGGUCCCUGAGCCUGCCAGGAGUGAUCCAAGAACGCAGAGCAGAGUCAGCCCUGAGCACCACCGCCAGGUGUAGCCCAUCAGGGUGUGACCGCUGGGCAAAGGUGUAACACACCUUCCUGCCGGAGUCUGUGAAAUAACCAGCCUCACGCUAAGUCACAGAAAGUGAGCAAAGGAUGUAACGGACGAGAUGAUAAAGUGAGACUAUGAAAGCCAAGGAAAUAGGUAAACCAGAGUAUGGGGUUAAAUCCAACGCAGUGCAGAUCAGCCACGACGGCCCCUAGGUGUCAGUGUUGGGCCCCACCCAAACACCGGCCCCAGCACGGCGGCACUCAGUACAGUUAGGAGGACAGCGCCCUGGGUACAGCAAGGAUGUUUAGAGACUGAAUUACAUUGCUACUGAAAGAACAUUUAGUCUGUUCCUCGAAUAUUCAAUGCAAAAACACCUAAAGUAUCCACAAGCAAGCCUGAAAAUUAUGAAACAUGAAUUACAACCUCGUUAUGUUUAUUUCAUCCCAGGGCUUCUUUUAAACUAGUAUUAAAUUAGGGGUCUGGUCAGUUUAAAAUGCCAAUGAAAUUGUAAACAUGUUAAGAUUCUUCUGAACUUGUUUUGU